CUUUCCUUUUUUUAUAUAACGGUCAGUCGCUAAGCAAGCUUCUUCAGUCUUCUAUGCAAGCUCACUGGUCACUGCUCAUUCACCAGUAGCAAAUGUUCCCUUCUACUUCGUUAGCUUCCUUCUUUAUUCUCAUUUUGUGUUUUAAUGGAGUAACUUCAUCCUCCACGCCUACCAAGAUUGGCAAGGGCUAUCGUCUCAUCUCCAUUGAAGAGACUCCUGAUGGAGGAUUCUUGGGCCACCUCCAAGUCAAGCAGAAGAACAACAUCUAUGGUCCUGAUAUUCCACUCUUGCAGCUCUUUGUCAAGCAUGAAACGCAAGAUCGUUUAAGGGUUCACAUCACUGAUGCAGAGAAGACGAGGUGGGAAGUUCCAUAUAAUCUUUUGCCCAGAGAGCAACCACCUGCAUUGAAGCAAGCAAUUGGGAGAUCGAGAAAGAACCCAAUUACGGUUCAGGAAUUUUCUGGCUCUGAACUUAUUUUUAGCUACAAAGCGGACCCAUUUAGUUUUGCAGUGAAGAGGAAAUCAAAUGGGCAGACUCUUUUUAAUUCGAGCUCUGAUGAAUCGGACCCAUUUGGGGAAAUGGUCUUCAAAGACCAAUAUCUGGAGAUAUCCACAAAAUUGCCUAAAGAUGCUUCACUUUAUGGUCUCGGAGAGAACACGCAGCCACAUGGGAUCAAAUUGAACCCAGGGGAUCCAUACACUCUGUAUACUCUUGAUAUCUCAGCCAUUAAUCUUAAUACUGAUUUGUAUGGGUCUCAUCCGGUGUACAUGGAUCAUAGGGUUGUGAACGGGCAGACGUUUACUCAUUCGGUUCUUCUUCUCAACAGUAAUGGCAUGGAUGUGUUCUAUAGAGGGACUUCCCUCACAUACAAGAUUAUUGGGGGUGUUUUCGACUUUUACUUCUUUGCCGGACCCUCUCCUUUGACUGUUAUCGACCAGUACACAACGUUCAUCGGCAGACCGGCUCCAAUGCCUUACUGGGCUUUUGGAUUCCACCAGUGCAGAUGGGGCUACCAUAACCUGUCUGUGGUUGAAGAUGUGGUCGACAGUUACAAAAAGGCUCAGAUCCCUCUGGAUGUGAUCUGGAAUGAUGAUGAUCACAUGGAUGGAAAAAAGGAUUUUACCAUCAACCCUACCAACUACCCUCGUCCAAAGCUGCUGGCAUUCCUAGAAAAAAUACACAGCAUUGGAAUGAAAUACAUUGUGAUCGUCGAUCCUGGAAUUGGUGUGAACUCUUCUUACGGUGUGUACCAAAGAGGCAUUGCCAACGAUGUAUUUAUCAAGUAUCACGGUAAGCCCUUCAUAGCUCAAGUUUGGCCUGGAGCUGUCCACUUCCCAGACUUCCUCAAUCCAAAAACAGUUGAAUGGUGGGGUGAUGAAAUUCGUCGCUUCCACGAACUUGCUCCUGUUGAUGGCCUAUGGAUUGACAUGAAUGAAGCUUCAAACUUUUGUACUGGACUUUGCACAAUACCAAACAAGCAAUGUCCAACUGGAACUGGACCUGGUUGGAUCUGUUGCCUGGAUUGCAAGAACAUAACUAAUACUAGGUGGGAUGAUCCCCCUUACAAGAUAAAUGCUUCAGGGAUACAAUCUCCUAUAGGAUACAAAACCAUAGCCACCAGUGCAGUCCACUAUAAUGGUGUUUUGGAAUAUGAUGCUCAUAGUCUGUAUGGAUUCUCUCAAUCUAUUGCCACUCACAAGGCCCUGCAAGGGCUUGAGGGCAAGCGACCAUUUAUUUUAUCACGCUCCACAUAUGUUGGAUCAGGCAAAUAUGUUGCUCAUUGGACUGGUGAUAAUCAGGGGACUUGGGAGAAUUUGAGGUAUUCCAUAUCUACUAUGUUAAAUUUUGGUAUAUUUGGUGUGCCCAUGGUAGGUUCAGAUAUAUGUGGGUUCUAUCCUCAGCCUACAGAAGAGCUUUGCAACCGCUGGAUUGAAGUAGGUGCUUUCUACCCCUUCUCAAGGGAUCAUGCCAAUUACUACUCUCCAAGGCAGGAGCUUUAUCAGUGGGAGACCGUAGCUGAAUCGGCUAGAAAUGCUCUUGGCAUGAGGUAUAAGCUUCUUCCAUAUCUGUACACAUUGAACUAUGAGGCUCACAUUAGCGGGGCGCCAAUUGCCAGACCGCUAUUCUUCUCAUUCCCAAGUUAUGCCGAGUGUUAUGGGUUGAGCACUCAGUUCUUGCUGGGAAGCAGCCUCAUGGUUUCUCCGGUGCUUGAGCAAGGAAAAUCACAGGUUAAAGCUCUCUUUCCACCAGGCAGUUGGUACAGCAUAUUCGAUAUGGCGCAAACCAUUACAUCAAAGGAUGGAAAAUACGUCACCUUGGAUGCACCUCUGCAUGUGGUUAAUGUUCAUUUGUACCAGAAUAGCAUCCUACCAAUGCAGCAGGGUGGACUGAUUUCUAAGCAAGCCAGAAUGACACCUUUUAGCCUUGUAGUGACGUUCCCUGCUGGGGCUAGCAAUGCAGAAGCUGAAGGAAGCCUUUACCUUGACAAUGAUGAGCUUCCAGAAAUGAAGCUCGGAAAUGGUUAUUCAACAUAUGUGCACUUGUAUGCAACUGCAAAUGAAGGAACUGUAAAGCUAUGGUCAAAAGUUGAGGAAGGUAAGUUUGCUUUACAGAAGGGUUGGAUUAUUGAGAAGGUAACUGUGUUAGGAUUAGAUGGAAGUGGGCAGCCAUCUGCACUCGAGGUUAAUGGAAGCCCCAUUGCUGGGGCUUCAAAGGUGGAAUUGAGUUCAAUGGAACAGAAAUAUCACAAAGAUGUUGAAGUUGGAGAUAUUAAGAAAAGUGUGAUGGUAGAAGUGAAGGGUCUGGAUCUUCCUGUGGGCAAAGACUUUUCUAUGUCCUGGAAAAUGGGUAUCAGUCGUUGAGGAUAAUAAGGUUUUAGUGCUUUUGUUCUGGAUUUACUUAUUUAGAUUGAUUGCUUUCAUGUAUCUUGUUAAGGUUCUUGAUGGAAAGGAGAUGAGCUAAGAUACGCCCAUCCUUUUCCAUGCAAGUUGAUGAGUGAGCUUAGAUUCAAUUGCUUUGCUUAGAGCACAUUCAAUGUUGUAGUUUAAACUGCAAUCCUCAUUAGAUUUCGUGGAUCAUCCUCACUGUGAUUUUAGCUUAUUCAAUCUAUUUUACUUGAAAAA